GAGACAAUAUUGACUCGAGAACAGCAUCUUCCUAGCUGAUGAUACAUUACAACUUUUGAAACUAAAAGAAGAAUGACAUUAUGGUCACCAGCUGGCUUUGGAAACAUGGAUGGGAAGAUGAUGAGCCUUUUAAAAAUCUGUAUUGUAUUUAUAUAGCACAGGUUUUGGAAGUUGGAGAGGGAAAACAAUACCAAUCAGUGUGGUGAUCCAGCCAUGGGAGACAACUCAAGUUUUUGGGACAGUCUGAUAUUUGCACAUCCUGUCUGUCUAAACUGGAAGUCAGAAGCAGAAGGUUCUAUCUACCACUUAGCUAGCAUUUUGUUUGUUGUUGGAUACAUGGGCGGAAGUGGAUUUUUUGGCCUGCUCUAUGUCUUCUGUUUGCUUGGAUUAGGUUUCCUGUGCUCUUCUGUCUGGGCAUGGCUGGAUGUCUGUGCAGCUGAUAUUUUCUCUUGGAAUUUCAUACUUUUUGUGAUAUGCUUCAUACAGUUUAUUUAUGUAACCUACCAAGUUCGGAGUGUUGCCUUUGGCAGAGAAUUCCAGGAGCUUUAUAAUGCUCUGUUCCAGCCUCUGGGGAUCUCAUUGACUGUCUUUAGAAAAAUUGUUCGCUGCUGUGAUGAAGAAAUUGUUACACUGGAGAAGGAGCACUGUUAUGCUAUGCAGGGCAAAACACCGAUUGAUAAACUCUCCUUGCUUGUGUCGGGAAGGAUCAGAGUGACAGUAGAUGGGGAAUUUCUGCAUUAUAUUUUCCCACUUCAGUUUCUGGAUUCUCCUGAAUGGGAUUCCCUAAGACCUACUGAAGAAGGCAUUUUUCAGGUAACCCUCACAGCAGAAACAGACUGUCGAUACGUGGCAUGGAGAAGAAAAAAACUGUAUUUGCUGUUUGCUAAGCAUCGAUUCAUCUCACGCCUGUUUUCAAUUCUAGUUGGAAAUGACAUUGCUGAUAAACUAUAUGCUUUGAAUGACAGAGUAAGCCUAGGGAAAGGAUUGGGCAACUUCAAGAUGAACCCCACGCAAGCCAGUUCAAUCAUAGUGACUCCUUUGAGUUUUUCCCUUGACUUCAGAAAUGCCACUUCUGUGCCUUUGAAUGAAACUGUGUGUGAAAACUGGAGAGAGAUUCACCACCUGGUUUUUCAUAUGGCUAAUAUUUGUUUAGCAAUUGGAUUAGUUAUUCCAACCACUUUCAAUAUUCACAUGAUUGUCCUUCGAGCUAUGCUAACAAUAGGAUGUGCACUUUUUAUCAUCUGGGCAACACUUUUCCGCUGUGCCUUGGAUAUAAUGGUCUGGAAUGUAGUAUUCCUGCUUGUCAACCUUCUUCAUUUUAUAUAUUUGGUAUACAAGAAAAGACCGAUAAAGAUAGAUAAGGAGCUCAGUAGUCUGUAUAAGAGAAUGUUUGAACCUCUUCAUGUGCCUCCAGAACAAUUCCAAAGAUUGACUGGACAGUUCUGCAAUAUUCAGACACUAAAAACAGGUCAAGCAUAUGCUGCAGAGGAUAAAACAUCAGUAGAUGAUCGAUUAAGUAUUCUGCUAAAAGGAAAAAUGAAGGUCUCCUAUCGAGGGCAUUUUCUGCAUAAUAUUUACCCCUGUGCCUUUAUAGAUUCUCCUGAAUUUCGAUCAACCCAGAUGAAUCGGGGUGAGAAAUUUCAGGUGUCCAUUACCGCUGAUGAUAAUUGCAAAUUCUUGUGCUGGUCCAGAGAGAGACUUACAUUUUUUCUGGAAUCUGAGCCAUUUCUCUUUGAAAUAUUUAAGCAUCUAAUUGGGAAGGAUAUUACAAACAAGUUAUACUCAUUGAAUGAUCCAACCUUAAAUGACAAAGCAUCCCAAAAAAUGGAUCAACAACCUAGUCUGUGUUCACAGCUCUCUGUGAUGCAAAUGAGAAACAGCAUGGCUAGCUCAAGUGAUAGUGAAGAUGGCUUGCAGCACUUUCUCCGGGGCACUUCCACUGCUUCCUCUCUCCGUCAACCAUCUCCUUACUUAAGAGCAUCACAAAAAAUGAAACCAAUUGAAGAAAGUGUUGAAGAUGAUGUCUUUGAACCUGCAUCUGCCACCAAAGUUAAAGCUAAUCAGUGACAGCUCUGGACAGGAUUUUGGCAAAUAGCAGGAAGAUGACCUCCUUGGCCCUUAGAAAAUAGUUUAUUGAUGUUAUCAAAACUCAUAGCUUUACUUUCAAAGGUGUUUUCCACACACAAAAAAUUCUUUGCUACAUUGUCUGAAAACUAGUCCUAUUGGUUUCAGUGGGAUGAAUGUUUCCAAAGAUACUCUCCACUCAGGUUUUUUACUU